GGAGUGGCAGGCCAUCCUACAAGCACCCGGACACUUGGCAUCAGUGGUGUCAAGACAACUCCAAGAAGGUUUUCCGUGAUCCUUCAAGCCCUGUGUUCCUUCCUGGUGAUCCUGCCUUCAAUUUGAUUGUACAGGUACCACAGCAAGCCAGUGCUGUGUGCUCCAAAUUCCAGGGCGUCCUGCAGCUCAGCCCCUGCACUGAGCACAAGGAAUCUCUGUGGGGCCAGGAGCAGGGAGUCACCCCUUUGGGGCCCACAACACCUGGCUGUCCCCAGACUCGUGUCCAGGGAAGAUCGUGUUGAGGGGACCUCAAGGAGAGCGGGGCAGGGAUGCCUGAGCAGGACAAGGACCCCAGAGUCCAAGAGAAUCCUGAUGAUCAGAGAAGGGUCCCCAUGGUCACCGGGGAUGCACGGUCUGCAUUUCGGUCCCUGCGGGACAAUGGAGGCCUCUCUCCCUUUGUGCCCAGGCCUGGGCCACUGCAGAGAGACCUCCAUGCCCAGAGGUCAGAAGUCAGAUAUAAGCAGACAUCCCAGACCUCCUGCAUGAGCUCGUGUCCCAAACGAAAUGCCAUCUCGAGCUCCUACAGCUCCACGGGAGGCUUCCCGUGGCUAAAACGGAGGAGGACAGGGGGGCCAGCCUCAUCCCACUGUCAGCUGACCCUCAGUUCCUCAAAGACAGUGAGUGAGGCCAGGCCUCAGGCUGUCCCUUCGGGUCACACCCAGUGUGAAAAGGCAGCAGAUACAACACCAGGGCAGACACUCACCCCCAGGACUGGCUCCCCCAGUUCCCAGGCCUCUAGGCCCCGUAGACGCAAGUUUCCCCUGCUGCCACGUAGGCGAGGGGAGCCUCUGAUGCUGCCACUUCCCUUAGAGUUAGGGUUCCGGGUCACUGCUGAAGACCUGGACCUGGAGAAGGAGGCGGCGUUCCAGUGCAGUGUACUGCGGGGUGAGGCCAAGGCCAUCUGGGACUGCAGACCCUCACGGCCUUCCCACACUUUGUCCUAACUUGCAACAGGGACUUGUGGUCUGUUUGCUGUUUCUAAAGCACCCAGGAUGGAUGCACAGCAGGAGAGAGACAAGUCCCAAGACUCCCGGGGCCCAGUGGCUCCCCUAGCAUCUGUUGCAGAGGCUCCCUCUACAGCUCCUGUGUCUAGGAAGAAGCACAGACCACCAGGCCCCCUGUUCUCCUUCUCAGAUCCCCUUCCUGCCACCUCUUCCCACUCCCAGGACCCAGCCCAGGUCACCUCGCUGAUUCCUGCCCCAUUGCCAGCUGCAAGCAUGGAUGGGGGCAUGAGAAGAGCAAGGCCUGGCACUUCUGCUCCUGCAGCUGCUGCAGCGGCCCCUCCCCCCUCCACAUUGACCCCCCACGUCGGGGUCCCUACUGAGUGGAGUAGAUGGAGGCCCUUCACAUUUCUGGGCCUCAACCACAGCUGCAGCAGGUGCCUAGAGGUCAGAAGUCAGAUAUAACCAGAGAUCCCAGACCUCCUGCAUGAGCUCGUGUCCCGAACGAAAUGCCAUCUCAAGUUCCUACAGCUCCACAGGAGGCUUCCCGUGGCUAAAGCGGAGGAGGACGGAGGGGCCAGCCUCAUCCCACUGCCAGCUGACCCUCAGUUCCUCAAAGACAUAGGACCCAGGCUGCACGCCCAUCUCCAGCCCAGGGCAGGUCCCCUGUAAGCUGGGCGAACUACUGAGGCCAAGGCGGGAGGCGGCUGACAACACCCACGGCCCAUGCGGAGGUGGUGGAAAGGCUGGACUCAGCAGCAACACCAAACCCCAAACCAAGCAGAAACCACCCGAGACUGAGGGGCUCGUGCCAGAGCGGUGGACACAGGUAAGAACCCGGGACCAGGCUGUGUGUGGUGGGAGUCCUCCCUGUCCCAGGGCUCAGCACAGCAAAGACAGACCAGCUGCAUCAUCCUGGCGGCCAUCUGUCCCUGUCCCACCUGCAGAGUCAGAACAGCCUCUCCCCAGUGGGGAUCGUCUCUCCCUGCCCCAACCAGACUGCCCCCACUCCGUGGAGUUAUGGCUGCUGCUCCAGCGUCCUAACGCUGCCCAGCUGGCACUGCCUGUGCUCACCCACACCCCCCAGGCCGGCCUUCCCUGCAGCCUGGGCUUAGCCACCUUGGCCUGAUUGAGCACUGAGGCCUCCUGGACACCGAGCCCCAUCACUGCACCUGCUGCUUCCAGCCCCACCCCACGGGCUCAGGGGUUCUUCCCAGCGGCGCUCAUCAUGAAAUCAACAUGCACGCAAGUCAUCUCAGGGGACUUUUUAAUGAAAGUGUCCGCAGUUCUUUCCCCCACGGUGGUGCAUAGGUGGCUGAGCUCAGAUUGCAGCUGCUAAGACACCAGCCACUUACUGAGAGAAAGCCAGGCUGCUUCAAACCCAGGGCCUGAAGCAAAAAAGCAUCAC